AUGUCUGGACGAGGAAAAUCAGCUAAUGGCGGAAAGAGCACAAGCAGAAGCAGGUCUAUGCGAGCCGGUUUGCAGUUUCCUGUUGGACGCAUCCACCGCCUUCUUAGAAAGGGUUUGUAAUGAAUUGGUUCAAGUUUUAUAUUUUUUAUUAUCAUGUGGUCGUUUGUUGUAGCUAAGUUUUAUUUCGACGUACAUAAUCAGCACAUUUGUUUGAACUAAGCUACUUUCAGUUGUGCUUUUGUGAAUAAAGACCCUGGUGAAACGUAAAUCGAGGUUAAGACUAUGACAUGUUAUACGACUGUUAAAACUUCUCUGACUUUGAAGUGUACCGCAAUUGACCACUCCAGAAAAUACCAUAACAUACCAUAAUGCUCUUUGUUUGUCACCGCAACAUUUGGCAUAAGCCUUUUUUUUAGUUUCUCUUGGGGCCAUUUUAACUCCCAAGAGAAACUGAAGACAAUGCUUAUGCAAAAUUUUGGGGUGACAAACAAAGAGCAUUAUGGUAUGUCAUGGUAUUUUCUGGAGUGGUCAAUACUGUGAUACUGCCGAAUCAAUUCUUUUGGGUGAUAUUCAUAUAAAACUCAGUUGGGAUUAACCUUGUUGGUACAAGUUUUUCUUUUCUAAUUCGGGGUAAGAAUCGUGCUGCGCCACGAAAAAUCACUGUACGGUUUAUUUCAUCUGAGUAUUUUGACCCAAUGAGUUUAUUACAUGCUGUUCUUAAACUCAUUAAUAAUUCAUAAAGAAAAUACAAAGGAAAUUAAUGUUUGAUGAGUGUUUGGAAAUAAGAUGAAAAACUGCUCAUCUUUUCAUCCUUAAUUUCUCCUUCUAAAAUCGUUUUGUUUGAGAAGUAAUACCAAGCAUUCGACCCAGUGUUUCAUGAAACACCUGGAAGUUUGUCAAAAAUACUCCACUGCGCGUCGUCUUUUCAACUCUCUUCAGUGUUUCAUCUGGUGAUGGAACACUGCGUCUCAUGCUUAAUAUAUUACAUAAAAAUGCUCUCUGCUUUUCAGUUGUCUGAAGCGCUUUCUUAAAAUUUCUUUAAAGGAAAUUAUUCAGACCGUGUUGGCAAUGGUGCCCCCGUAUAUCUGGCAGCAGUGUUGGAAUACCUAACAGCCGAGGUGCUAGAACUGGCUGGAAACGCUGCUCGGGACAACAAGAAAUCCCGUAUCAUCCCGCGCCAUUUACAGUUAGCUGUGCGAAACGACGAAGAGCUUAAUCAACUUUUAUCUCACGUGACCUUCGCAGAAGGUGGUGUACUGCCCAACAUUCAAGCCGUGCUACUUCCUAAGAAGACUGGAUCCAAGUCAGGAAACUCGAAAAUGGCACAUUCUAGUCAAGAAUACUGA